UCUCAAAUGCCGCAUCAGUUAACGUUUGUUGGCGUAGCAAAGAGGUGGUGCUCGCACCUCGCACAAAGCUCUCGAAAAUGUUCUUAACGAUCACCUUAAUCGUGACGGCAGUUGCAGCCAUUUAUCUGUAUCUAACAUGGAAUUACAAUUAUUGGAAGAAGCUCAAUGUUCCUGGCCCCAGCCCAUUACCCGGAUUGGGCAGCUUCCCUUCAUUUAUAACGCAGAGACGACCCGUCGCGGAUGAGAUGGAUGAAAUUUACAGAGAAUAUAAGCCGAAGUACAACUUUGUAGGCGUGUUCAGCAAUCGAUCGCCGAGAAUCAUGAUCACGUCAUCGGAGCUGGCAAAAGACAUUUUAUCGAAAAAUUUCAAGAACUUUCACGACAAUGAAUUUGGUGAGAUGACCAACAAAGAGAUCGAUCCGCUGUUCGGUCGCAAUCCAUUUAUGUUGACUGGUGACGAAUGGAAGGCGAAACGCGCCGAAAUAACACCCGCGUUUACUACGUCUCGAAUGAAGGCGCUCUUCCCGUUGGUGGAAGAUGUAUGCUCCAGAAUGACAAAAUACGUGACCCAAAACCGUGGUAGCGUUCUUGAUUCUAAAGAGCUGUCUGCUAAGUUCACUACUGAUGUUGUUUCCAGCUGUAUCUUUGCUUGUGAUGCGCAAUCAUUCACCAGUGGAAAACCGGAAAUCCGCGAGCAAGGACGAAAGCUCAUGGAGCAAUCAUUCUCCUCAUUUCUGAUCCUGUUGUUCAUCAUCAAUUUCCCAACCUUGGCAAAAAUUUUCAAGAUUGGUUUAGUUCCCAAAUCGUUGGAAAAAUUCUUCACCGAUCUGAUGAAAGAAGCGAUAAGCCAUCGUGAUGCGAGUGGAACAAAUAGAGUUGAUUAUCUCGAUUAUCUAAUCAGCUUGAGAAACAAGAAGGAAAUAUCUGAGCUUGAUAUGGCUGCUCACGGAGUGACAUUCUUUAUCGAUGGAUUCGAAACAUCGAGCGUGGCCAUUUCAUUCAUGUUGUACGAAAUCGCGAAAAAUCCUGAAGUUCAGAAGCGAUUGAGGAAAGAACUACAAAAAGUCACCACUGACCAGGGAACAGUUUCCUAUGACUCCCUACUUGAACUUUCUUAUCUAGAUCAAGUUGUGAACGAGAGUCUCCGUUUGUGGCCACCUGCAGCAUUUAUAUCGAAAAAGUGCACUGAGCCAAUGGAUCUGCCUCUUACAGCGAAUCAAAAUGUUACCAUUGGAAAAGAAAUCUGCGCCAUUAUCAAUAUCUGGUCUCUUCAUCGGGACCCGGAGUACUAUGAUGAUCCUCUCACUUUCAAUCCGGAUCGAUUCAGUCCAGAAACUGGUGGCACUGCCCCCUACAGGGAGAAAGGUUGUUUCAUUCCUUUCGGCGACGGACCUCGGCAGUGUUUGGGAAUGCGAUUUGCCCGUAUGCAGGUCAAACGUUGCUUGUACGAGUUGGUCUCAAACUUUAAAAUCACUGUCAAUGAAAAGACCAAACAACCUAUGAAACUGGAUCCAAAGCAAUUCCUGACCAUGCCGUUGGGAGGCAUAUGGUUGGAUUUUGAGCCAAUCUCGAAGUGAAAUGAUUGAUUAUUGAUGCAAUUGUUGAAAACUGCAGGCGUCUGAUAAUUUAGAUGCGCUACUCUUAAGUUAUAUUGAUAUAUAAAAAACUAACUCUAUUUUCGACAAAACAAACAUAGUACCAAAUGCUACAAUGUGGUUAUUUAAUUGCUUACGGGUAUAUUUUCCUAUGAAUAAAAGUAGUGAACUUUA